AUGUUAGACCAGGGAAAGGCCUACCAUCAGGGGUUCAUCGCAGAGGACUCAAGGCAUCUCACAGCAUUCGUAACCCCCUGGGGUAUAUACGAAUGGAUUCGGGUUCUGAAAAAUGCUCCCGGUGAGUUCCAGCGGUUUAUGGAGGCGUGUCUCUCAGGUCUACGUGACGAAAUCUGCAUCCCGUAUCUCGAUGAUGUCAUUGUUUUCAGUGAGAGUUUCGAAGAACACGUUGAACACAUCAGACAAGUAUUCCAACGACUGCGACAGCAUGGUGUCAAGCUGAAGCCCAGAAAAUGUCGUCUUUUCAGGAAAGAAGUCAGCCGUCUCGGACGAAUAAUAUCCGCGAACGGACAUCACCCAGACCCCUCAAACGUUGAUGCUGUCAAGUCGCUAAAGAACAUACAGCCAAAGACGAGCACUGCAAAGCUAAAUGCAACUGGUCAUCGAUGUGUUGCAGAAUUAGCUGAUUUCCAUUUCGAUAUUAAGUAUCUUCCAGGCAGAAUGAAUCAGGUUGCAGAUACACUUUCCCGCAUGCCACUGGAUAUCAAUGAGUAUAGUAAACAUUGUACUUGUACAAAGUCGCAAGAUGACAUUAACGCUACGGUAUUAGGUGUGAGAGCGCUCAACAAGGGGCAAACAACAUGGAUCUCUGUAAUUUCAGAUUCACAGGAAAUCGUUAAUCUUGAUCAAUCAUUUUUAAUGGACUGUCAUGAUGAGCGAUUGAGUAAGACUGAUCUACUUCAAGCCCAAAAGGAAGACGUGAAUAUAGCAAAGGUCUUGACAUAUAAGCAAUUGAAUCGUCGACCGUCUAGACGACAGGUGAGACGUGAGGAUCCGCUGACCAGGUCUAUAUUACGUGAGUGGACCAAACAAACACGUGAGAUUGACAAAGAUGGUUUUCUACGGAGAAAAAUGAAAUCGUGUCUUCAGCUAGUACUACCCCUUAAAUUGCGCAGCCUAGUUUACAGAGAGYUGCACCAAGAGAUGGGCCACCUUGGCGCGGAUAGAGUCUACCAUCUCGCGCGAGAACGAUUCUAUUGGCCUAACAUGGAACGUGACAUUACUCACUUCGUCACUAAAGGCUGUCCUUGUCUUAAGCAACGACGCCCAAACAUAAUAACACGCGCACCUAUGCAACAUCUGUCGUCGACCGCACCGUUUGAUCUCAUAUCGCUUGAUUUUCUCCAUCUUGAGAAAAGUUUUGGUGGAUUUGAAAAUAUAUUAGUGAUCGUCGACCACUUCGCAAGAUUUGCACAAGCAUAUCCCACUAGAAACAAAUCAGGCACGACUGUAGCUGACAAGGUGUUCCAUGAUUUUAUACCACGUUUUGGCUUUCCGACUCGCAUACUGCAUGAUCAAGGCAAAGAAUUUGAGAACCACUUGUUUAAACAACUCGAAAAGUUGAGCGGCAUUCACCAUACUCGUACUACACCCUACCAUCCCCAAGGCAACGGCCAGGUUGAACGUUUUAACAAGACCUUGCUCGCGAUGUUAAGGACCUUACCGGAAGAYAAGAAGASUCGGUGGAAGGACUUUGUGAAUAAGGUAGUACAUGCAUACAACUGCACGYCAAAUGRCAGCACUGGCUUCUCACCCUUUUACCUACUGUAUGGUCGGUCACCAAGACUACCARUMGACCUGAUACUGGGUACAGAAUACAACAAUGAACCACCGCGUCACUAUAGGGAUUAUGUUACUAAAUGGCAGACAGCAAUGCAAGAAGCGUACAGCAUCGCCCUAAAGAAGGCUUACCGUUACAACUCUAGAGGCACAAAACAUUACCAUCGACGUCUAAACUGCACAGCACACUUCGUCCAGGUGACAGAGUCCUCGUACGUAAUUUGA